UGUCGGCCGAUAGUCGUGUCCCCAAAUCGAAAUCGAAACCCUAGAGCGUCCCCACGUCAUGUUCGUGACGGCGGAUCCGGCCGGCGCUGGCGCCGGCGACCGUUUCCGUGGCGGCUGGUCCUUCUGGAAUAUGCAGAGGAACCAGAGCCUCUUGGCCGCCUCGACCUCCACCAACUGGGGCCUCUCAACCUCCACCACGAAGAACGAGGGCUACUCCAUCUGGACCUCCGCGGGCGGCGAGUGGCGUCCCAGGCCCACGGACGCCCACGCCCCGGCGUACUACCACGACCUCGCCGAGUUCUACCUCGAGGCGGCCCGCCGCCUCCCCAUCGCCGACAUCCCGUACCUCGCCGACUGCAUCUCCAUCAGCGGCCUCGCCGUGGGCCUCGCCGACCCCGUCACCAACAUCGUCCUCACCACCAUCAACGCUUUCGCCAAGAGACCGUCCUACGUCCGGCCCCUAAAGCCAGAUGAUGCGCUAGAGAAAAUCAGCAAGAAGACCACCUUCGUCGUCGGCGCUCGCGACUCCCGCACUGGCCUCAUCGACUUCUUGCUGUGCUACUUCCGCAACCUCACAGAGGAUCAGGCCGAGAAAUGCCUCGACAUGGCCGGCCACCACCUCCCCCUCGCCGUCCACCUCAUCGAGGUGGGCCGCUGGGGCUCGGAGGUGGUUCCACUGCUGCAGCCGGAUGCUGCCAGGACCAAGACCGCUUUACAGCAGGCCGCGAACUGCUCCAAUAUCGAUGGCCUCGUGCGGCUCAUGACGUGGAGGUACCCUCGUCACCUCCUCGACCCUGUUCUGGAUGAUUUGCGCGGGGGGGAACAGCUUACCGCCGACUGCAUCUACAAGAUAUGUGACCUGCUGCGCUGUUCGUGGCCGCCGCAGCCAAUCCCUGCCCCAAUUCCUGGCAUUUAUCGGGACAACAGUGGGAACGUCACCACAAUCACCAAGAUCAGAAAAGACGUUUUCGUCACAACCACAGUAUCUAAAGACCAUGUUCCGACAGCCACAAUCACCUCAACUUGUCCGAGCAAUGAUGACUGCACUCAAGACGACGGUGUUCAUAUCUCAACGGAAUUAGCCACAGACAUAUCCUCCAGUGUGAACAGUAGAGUCUGCUUCUGGCGGGAGAACCCUGAUUUCCUCCCACUGUUGAAGAUGUCUUUUCUCGACACCGUGCAUGGCUUCUACAUCGAUGCGCUGGGCAUGCUUCCCAGUCAUGCGUUACGGGACAGCCACCUCCUCCGCGCCGUCCUCACAGCUGGACACUGCUAUGGCCCCUUGGACCCUGUGUCAAACAUCAUACUCAACUCCAUCUGGUACGACGCUGUCUUCCCGCUCUCGGAUGAUGUCUCCAAUCAAAUUGGAGCAGCUGACAUUCUUGAUGCUCGCUCCAUGACCCGUGUUGAAUCUCGUUCGCUCGACGGCUUUGUCGCCUUUGUCUGCUACACCUACUCAAUCUCGGAGCAAGAAGCAGUGGUACUGCUUUGCCAACAUCGCUUCAACCUCUCAUACAUGUUGCAGGGCUCAGAGAAGAUAUUCCUUAACUUGGCUUCUGCGGCACUGGUUGCCAAACACCCACAGCCUGCUGCCUUUGGGGAUUUCCUCAAUUCACUGACCCCAGCUAAACUUGUUCGCUUGCGCUCCCUUAUAUCCGACAGAGGUCUGCGCCAUGUUCUCUCUGAUGAUACAUUGGUGCAGCUAAAGAAGAUGGCGACCAACGCGACAGCAUGCGUUGCAGCAGCAGCAGCAGUGCAAAGUAUGACUCCUGAUUUGGGCCAAUCUGCCUUGAAGACACUGUCCGCUAGGAGGGAGACCUUCAAGUCUGAGCAGGAUUAUGUUCGCACAAAGUUGCAGAAGUUGCUACUUGACUACGGCCACGAUAAGAUGUGCUAUGCCAUCACUUUGCUUCUUUGCGAUAAGUCUGCUCUCAUUUAAUUCCAAAAAUUCUUACUGCUGGCUAUGGAGAAAACAAUCACUUUGCUUCUUCCAUGUGAUAGGCCUGCUUGUUUUUUCUUCCCGACAACACUCAUUUUCAUUUUCAAUUUUUUAUUGUCAUUAAUUUCGAAAGUUAGCUACUUACAAAAGAGUUGUAUUCUAUAUCCAAUGAAACAUAUAAAACUAACUGAUGUAUUAUUCAGAAAUUUAACAAUUAUAUGAAAGCGCAUGUGUAGUUUUCUUUUAUCCAUUUAUACCUGUGUCCGUUGCAGAUUCUAGACUAGUUAUAGAUUACCUCGUUUUCUGUUUUUUUUUUCUGAUUCCUUUUUUCGUUAGUAUGCAUGUGCAAAUACGUGACAUGAUCAGCUGUAGCCUUGGAGGUAUCCGUCUCCUAUACGUUUUGCUGAUUACAUGUGUGUUCGUUCCUUAUCUGUCUCUUCGUUCCUUAUACAUGUUUAAAUGUGACGGGAUAAUAUAUGCUCUUAUAUAUUAUGCACAGAACUUUUAAUCUAGACCGUUAUUAUUAGUAUCUAAUGGCUUAAAUAAUUUUAGCCCAUGUGGAUGAACGUCGUAGCUUUGUUAUCUAUUAUAUAUAUUUUAAAUAUAAUAUACUUCCUACGUCUCAAAAUAAGUGUCUCAACUUUAGUACAAUUUUGUAUUGAAGUUGAGACACUUAUUUUGGGACGGAGGGAGUAAUAGGUAGAUACUUUUGACCUGUAAAUUAAUUGCCGUCGUCGGUUGUCGUUACA